CAGGGCCCCCCUUCCGUGACACGUCCAAAUCUCGCUUUGCCCUGCCGGUAGUAUUUGUCUUCUGACCGCCUGGCCGUCCAAGUGGAGACCUACCACCAAACAACGUUUCGAUCACGGCACGGCUCUCUACGCACUGAGUGGCAGCGUCCGCAAAGCUGAAGCCUCUACGACACGGCGUGGCUGCCUUCACCCGCGCGCGCCGUGAUCGACAGGAUUGUUUAUUGCGUACAAAUUCAUUACGCUAGAGCCGCGCAUGCCCUCUGCUCUUGCUGAGAUUGGGAGGUUUAGCGAAGCAGGAGGACGCGGAGGAUUCUUAUUUUUUCUCACAUCCACUCACUUUCGAGACUUACUUGCUCGCCAGGGCGCAGGGUGGCCAGAAAACUUCUUGGGGAGCGUCGCAAGAAAGCUCGGGCGCCAGACAGAAUAUUGGAUUCGAAAGCAUCCACAAACUCACGGACGCUCUACCCGUCCGCGUUUCUCGCUAACCACGGCCCUUCCGCCAGAGAUUCAACCAACCAAACGAAACCGCUUCGACAGCCGGCGGUCUUUUGCACCUGAAAUAGCGGCAAGAACCCCACCAUCUGUUCCUUGGACAUUUCCGUGCCUGUGUGUCGGAUUCACAUCGUUUCUUUCUACCGCUCCUUCUGCCGCCCCUAGAAGCGCGCUUGAGGUCAUCUGGUUGAUUUUCCGUACAAGAAAGCCUGCACACCCGCACCCGCGACAACUCGCAGCUGCGUACAACACCUUCCGACUCUCCGUACUGAUAUCCAAAUCCCCUGUCACUUUCUGCUGCAGCUGUCACCCGACGCCGCUGUCUUGCCUUGAGUGCCGUUGAUCCUGCAGCUCGCCUGCGGCCCGCGCCUCCCUUGUGCAACUACGACGUAGCUGCCACAUCCCACAUCCCACGCCAGCCGAC